AUGGAUUUCAUCAAGACCAGUUCCCUGCGUGCUCUGAUUGAGUUAACUUUCCAACGCAACUGGAACGGCCUAAUUUGGAUGAGUAGAAAAGGAGUUAUAACCAAAAGAGUGAGACUGUCCAGACGGCUCUAUCGAGAAAACAGCGCCCAACCGCGCAGUCCGGCUGGCCGAGAAACUAUUGUUUCGCGCUCGGCCAAAGUCACAUCCGUCCGACUGAAGUCUCGGCCAAAGUUCGAAACCGACCGGCCGAUCACGCAACACGACCCGGGAAACAUUGUCCCGCGGUCGGCCAAGUCAACGUUUCACGCCACGCCGCGCACGACCAUGCCGCGCGAGCCGGGGAACAAAGCCUCGCGGCCGCGCAACCCUCGCGUACCACGGCCGAUGCAUCCGUCCGAGCCGGGAAAGAACGUCCCACGUCCGGCCGAGAAACCUCAUCGGCCAAAUCUCAAUCCGCUCGACCACGCCGCCCGACCGAUGAUGAUCGAUCGUCGACCGACCGUCCCAACGCCGCGGUCGACCCGAAGCCCGUUUUGA